AUGGCGCGUAACGAAGAAAAGGCCCAGUCAGUCCUCAGCCGAUGGAUCGCGCAGCAGAAGGGUGAGAACAAAAAAAAGCAAAAGCGCCCUUACCUUGCUUCACUGGUCAAUAAUUUGAAAGAAGCAGAAAAAUGGCGAGCGCAGAUAUUGAGAGAAAUUUCAACAAAUAUAACCAAUAUACAGAACGAUGCCCUUGAUGAGUAUAGAAUUAAGGAUAUAAACGACCAGAUAAACAAACUUAUACGAGAAAAAUAUCAUUGGGAGUGUCGCAUCAAGGAAUUAGGAGGGCCAGAUUACCAGAAAACGCAUCAAGUUUUUGAUAAUGAAGACAUAAUAAGCGCGCCAGGAGGAUAUUUGUACUUUGGUGUCGCGAAAAAUUUACCUGGAGUCAGAGAAUUGCUUCAAUCUAGUGAACAGGAGACAAAAAAAAAUUACAAGGAAUUGUAUAAAUCUAUUGAUGCAUUUUAUUACGGCUAUAGGGAUGAAGAAGAUGGUAUUUUAGAACCACUUGAAAGAGCAGCUGAGAAAAAAGUGAUGGAAGCGGAUUUGGAGGAAUGGAAAAAAAGCCAAAGGGCUAAAGGCGUUGAUCCAGAUAUGGUUCUAGAGAUGAUGAAACGGUCAAAACUGAGCGAAUUUGAAUAUUUUGAUGACCACGUGGCUAUACCCACGAAAGAAGAAAUGCAGCAGAUGCUGCUUGAAAAGAAAAAAGCGGAUCUGCUAAAAAAUUACAUCAAUAAUUGAUAUACCUGAAUAUCACAUUUUUGAAAUGCAGACCUUUUGCAUUUGGUUCUCUAUAUUCUCUCUCAAGACACAAAAAACUCUUGCAAUGCUUCAGCUUGGGAGAAUUACUGUUAACGUGGAAAUGCUAAAUAGCAAACGUGUAAAUUUUGCUCAGCUAAUAGAUGGCGCCACAUGCGUUGAGAUUUUUAGAUUUCAGCGAAUGUCCAGACGUGUAUAAAGUGUCUCUAAGGUUUUGUGCUCUUCACAUAGCUUUCGCAGCCAUGAUAGUUGAAAUAAAAUAAACUGUCGACUAAUGCAGCAGGCGUAAAAAUAUUAUUUAAGCAAGAGUCGGGAGAUGGAAGACAGGAUACUACGUGUGUGUAAUACAAAUGGACGCAAAAAAUUACAAUCAGAGGAUGCUUAGAGAAUAUU